UCUCCCACUCCCUCCUUGUCCCUCUCACCCUUUUCUCCUCAUCUCCACUCCCUUUUGGUCCCAAAAAAUUCUUAGAGAGAAGAGAAGAAGAGAAGUAGAGAAGUGACAACAAUGUCUAGCAGGAGGAGCAGGGAUAUCACAGAGGAAGAGAUCAAUGAGCUUAUCUCCAAGCUCCAGUCUUUGUUACCAGAGACCAGGCGCCGAGGUGCAGGGAGAGCAUCUGCAUCAAAGUUACUCAAAGAGACAUGCAACUACAUCAAGAGUUUGCACAGGGAGGUUGAUGACCUUAGUGACAGGCUUUCAGGCCUCAUGGCCACUAUGGACACCAACAGUGCUCAGGCAGAGAUUAUCAGGAGCCUACUUCGUUCUUAAACCUAGUUAGUCUUAUUCUUCUUCUUCUUCUUCUUCUCCUUCCUUCAUUGGGUCUGUGUAUUCAUAUGAUAGCUAGGACUAGCCUAUCCAAGCUUCGGAAUGUAGUUUAUUUACUCUAUUUCUCUUAUUUUGCUGGCUCUCUCUUGGUCUCUCUUAUUUUCUCUAUGUCAUGGCUUACAUUAAGUUACAGGGCUUGGCUUGAGUUGUUUCCUAAAUGACAACCAACCACCCACUAUGCAAAAUGAUAAAAUAUAAUGUAAUUCAGCAUCUUAUCAGCUACUUAUGUUUGUCCUA